UUAACUGAUUUGAUUUAUGAUCGGCAUAAGGAUUUGGGUAUCAAAUCUUUGCUUGAUUAUGCCGAGCACUACACAGUUGGUCUCGAAGCAUUGUUUGUCCAGGUUGCCACUUCCGAGGCAC